UGGAGCUACCGAACAGUACCGAAAGACUUCACGUCCUCCAGAUACACUCGACCUCCAUUCCACAGUGAUUCCCGCUGGUUUGCUCGAUGAGAAACGCGGGAUUGUGUCUCCGCACGAGGAUCAGGUGGAGGUUUUUGAGGAUGCUGCGCGAGCGAGAAGGAGACGGUUACAGUGACGGUAACGCGCACGGCUCGGGGACGCGCCAAGCCAAAAACGAGAAAUCGCUUUCCAGGAGGUGAGGUCUGACUUACCACUGCUACAGAAAUGGUGUACGCUUUGCCGAUGGACGCCGUGAAGCCGUCUCUGCACACGACUCUCCUGCCGUACCUGAUGCCGAACAAUUCGGAGAGGGUCAACGAGUCGACCCUGGCGUCCAGUACCCCCACGUCUCCCUGCAAUCUGGACACGACCGCGUUCCAGCCUAACAGCACCCAGGUGUCUUACGAGCUCAGUCCAGCGGAGGUGACCAUUCUCGGGUUGAUCUUCGGAGUCUUUUGGCUAGUCUCGGUUCUUGGCAAUGCUUUGGUGUGUUUGGUGAUACACCGCAGCCGCAGAACUCAGUCGACCACAAAUUACUUUGUAGUGUCUAUGGCUUGUGCUGAUUUGCUGCUGAGCCUGGGCUGUGCCCCGUUCGUUCUGCUCCAGGUCUCGACUGGACACUGGCCCCUGAGCGCGGCGGCCUGCAAGGCAGUGCGCUACAUCCAGCACUUGUGCCCUGGCGUGCAGGUCUACGUGCUCCUCUCCAUCUGUGUGGAUCGCUUCUACACUAUUGUGUAUCCGCUGAGCUUCAAGGUAUCUCGGGAGAAGGCGAAACGCAUGAUCCUGGCUUCUUGGCUCUUCGACGCGGCCUUCGUCUCCCCGUGCCUCUUUUUCUACGGAUCUUCUUCGUCCGUCACACGAAGACACUGCGAGUUUUUCCUCCCGGGAUCUUGGGACGGUCUGGCCUACGCUCUGGUCCACCUCCUGUUUGGAUUCCUGGUUCCGGCGCUUCUAAUCUUAUCCUUCUACCAGAGGGUAGUGCGCUAUAUCUGGCGGAUCAGCGCGGACGGACGCACGGUGCGCAGGACUAUGAACAUCGUGCCCAGAACGAAAGUCAAAACCAUCAAGAUGUUCCUGAUGCUCAACACUGUGUUCCUCCUUACAUGGAUGCCUUUUUACGUAGCGCAGCUCUGGCAUCCCGAUGUAGCCGCAGGACCCAGCAGACGGGGGGCGCUCUUCUUCGUAGCGAUCGCGUGGAUGUCGUUCAGCUCCACUGCCUCGAAGCCCACGCUCUACUCGGUGUACAAUGCCAAUUUCAGGCGAGGAAUGAGAGAGACGUUCUGCAUGUCGUCCAUGAAGUGCUACCGGAGCAACGCGUACACCAUCACCGCCAGUUCGCGGAUAGCGAAAAAAAAUUACGUGGGGGUCGUAGACUUGCCGGCGCCGCCAAAAACUCUGAUCAAAGAUUCCGUUUAUGACACUUUUGACCGAGAAGCGAAAGAGAAAAAACUGGCCUGGCCUAUAAGCGUCAACCCACCAAACACGUUUGUAUAGAGCGGAAUACAAGGUGACCUGUUUGUCCAAGUGGAACUCAAAGACGCUUAGGUUGACUUUUUUUUUUUUUUUUUAACACACCUAGCAUCGAGAGCUGAAAGUACUGCUCGUUCAAACCGAAACAGACAAGCAGGACAUGUCAAAAAGCAAAAGCUUGCUCAGUAGCCAGGUGUCUGUGUCAUGGUUUCAUGAGGAGAAGCUCUUCUCUGUCAUUUCUGUUUGUAGUACUGUACGUUACGUAAUGUUGAAGUCCUUCCUGUAUGUUGUUUCACGUGAUUAUUAACGUUGUCAUGCAAAACAAAACCAUCGUUGUCGCUUGUUGGCAGAACGGACCCGUGAGUCUGUCCUAUCUAUAUGUCCAUGCAGUCUAGAGUCGUCCUAUGGGUUUGUGAGAGGAAUGUCUUCUCUGUCUACGCUAAAGUCGAUGAACGGCACUUCUCACGAUGCCACUGCUGUGAUGAGGUUCUUGUUUAUUACCAUAGAGUGUUAUGUCCUAUAGGAGACGUCCAGGAAAUGUCCAAAACUGUGUUGCAUUAAACAUAUAAUAAAAAAAGA